GGCAACACCGCGGUUCAAGCGAACAAUCUAAAUACUAAUUUUAAAUCAAAAUUUUGCAAUGGAGCCGUCUUAUGCGCCCUUAAGUGAAUCCUGUGCCAAGGCGCUGGGCGAUAAAGCCUACGACAAGCGAAAAAUCGCCUCCCAGGAGAUUGAAAAAAUGGUCAUUGAGUUUAAUAAUAAAAACAAUACUGUGCAAAUCCGAAAGCUAAUCGAGGUACUCUCCACUGACUAUGCCACAUCCCGUGAUCCAAAUCGCCGAAAGGGUGCGCUCAUCGGCCUCGCUGCAACGGGAUUAGGGUUGGGCAAGGACUCGGAUAAAUAUGUGAAUGAGCUGAUAACGCCCAUUAUGAACUGCCUGUCAGAUCAGGCUUUUAACGUCCGUUACUUCGCCUGCGAAUCUUUGUACAAUGUGGUCAAGGUGGCGAGAUCGGCGAUCAUACCAUACUUUCCCGAAUUGUUUGCCGCUCUCUCGCGCCUGGUUACCGACUCCGAUCAAAUGGUGAAAGAUGGCAGCGAGCUACUGGAUCGUCUGCUAAAGGACAUUGUCACUGAAUCUUGUGAGACAUUCAAUCUGGAGGCAUUUAUACCAUUGCUACGCGAGCGAAUGUACGUUAAGGACCCAUUUGCUCGACAAUAUGUCAUCUCGUGGAUAUCCAUACUGAAUGCGGUGCCGGACAUCAAUAUGGUCAACUAUCUGACCGAAAUUCUGGACGGCCUUUUUGUGAUGCUCGAGGAUAAAACGGUGGAGAUACAGCGCAUGUGCGAGAAUACAAUCAGUCAGUUUCUAAAGUCCAUACGCAACGAUUCGUCGUCGGUGCGAAUGGAGGAAACUAUCAACAUAUUGAUCACACACGCCCAGUCACUAAACGAACUGAUCAAAUCGAUUGCUAUCUCCUGGAUACGGGAGUUUGUUCAAAUCUUUGGCCCCGAUGUCCUGCCACAUGCGAGUGGCAUUUUUACAGCCAUUCUACCAUGCCUCGAGUACAACGUGGAGUCCAAGCGCAGCAUUAAGGAGUGCGCUGUGUUCGUAAAUAACUCGAUGAUGCAGCUUGUCUCAUCCAAGGAACUCAAAUCACAAAAUAUGUCCAAAAUUGAUUUGCGUUCCAUAAUGGAGGUGCUGUCCCAGUAUCUCACGCACAACUCGAUGCACACAAAGAUUGCCGUGCUCAAAUGGAUCCAUCAUCUAUUCAUCAAUUUCCCCAACGAGAUGUCUGUCCACGCCAGCAGUCUGAACAACAAUCUGCUAUCAACACUCGCCGAUAAUUCCGAUGAGGUGGUCCUAAAAAGUCUAUGUGUACUCGCAGAGAUUUUAAGUUCGCAAGAUAAAAAAGAUCUCGAUGACUUUAACAAGACGCAUUAUCGCAAAUUUUUGUUGAGCUUGCUGAAUCUGUUCAGCGAGGAAAAGCUUAUUUUAGAGAAUAGAGCUAGUCUCAUUAUAAGAAAACUUUGUGUUCUGCUCAAUGCUGAGUACAUCUAUCGCACCUUUGCCGAGAUCAUUGCAGAGGAGGUGCCCAAUCUGAAAUUCGCCUCGACUCUUGUUCGCCUCCUAAAUAUUAUACUGGUUACCUCGACGGAGCUUGUUGAGCUGCGCACCAGCUUGCGUGAUAUAUCCAAUGAGAAGUCCGCUGAUCUAUUCCAAUGCCUCUACAAGAGUUGGGUGCACUGUCCGGUGUCCACACUAACGCUCUGCCUGCUAACCCAGUGCUAUCAGCAUGUCUCCGAAUUGGUCAUCCUAUUCGCUGAUGUGGAAAUCACGCUUGAAUUACUUGGCGAAUUGGAUAAGCUGGUGCAGCUCAUUGAAUCGCCCAUAUUUGCUGCACUGCGUCUGACCCUAGUGUCAAAAUCAAAUAAUUGCGCUGAUGCACAGUAUUUGGCUCAUGCCUUAUUUGGAAUUCUCAUGUUGUUGCCGCAAACGGAGGCAUUUAAUACGCUGCGAAAUCGCCUGCAAUGUGUGCCCAACUAUUGGGGCCAGUUACCCACAGAUGAGCGCAAUUCUCUGCAGUACAAGAGCGGUAUUGAUUUUGCAGCGCUGCGAGCACAUUUUAUUGAGCGGCAAAAGGCUCAUCGAGUUCAGCGCGUAAUUCAGCGCAAACGCACCGUUAUCACGCCGGAUAGUAUAUAAUGAUUUUGUAUUCAAAUUCCAGUAUGUUAUGUCUGUGAUUAGGCAAAUUAUUUUUAGGCAUAAAGUGUAAUUUCCAAUGCUUAAUAUAAAUGUAAAUGUGAGUGUGUAUCUCAGAUAUUUGUAAAUAUAUAUUACCUUAAAAGAGGAUAUGUUGAGUUUGUCACAAAAUGCUUAAUGCAU